AUGAUAGUUGGUAGGAAUGCGCCACUUAUCAGGAAGCUUACCCUUCAAAUAGGUGCUCACAGAAUAAAGCAAACAAUGGAAAUUAAAUAUUUAGGUGUUAUUAGAUGUAACUUCACACCCCACAUCAAAUACAUCACGAACAAAGCUAAAAAGACAGCCAAUGCUCUCAUUAGUAUUGCUAGGAACACAUGGGGCCUUGGUCCUAAUGCUACUAACAUUAUUUACAGGGGUGCAAUUCAGCCAGCACUCCUCUAUGCUGAACAGGUAGUUGUAGGUGGAAGAAAUAAAUAUCUCAUCAAUGGUUGUAAUGCAACAAAUACUAGAGUUUAUGAUUUAUUUCGUUCAGUUCAGUUAAAUGUCAAUAAUCCUCAUUUUUUAAUAAUGCAAGGAAGAAUUACAAAAGUAUUAAAUAUGAAACCUGCUGAGAUAUUAUCCAUGAUAGAGGAAGCUGCAGGUACUGGGAUGUAUGAAAGUAAGAAAAUGUCUGCACAAAAAACAAUUGAAAAAAAAGAUGCAAAACUUAAUGAAAUUGAUAAAAUUCUUUCAGAGGAAAUUACACCAACACUAACUCGAUUAAAAGAAGAAAGACAAGCAUAUAUGGAAUACACAAAAGUUGUACGAGAACUUCAACAUCUUACUAAAUUACAUGUCGCUUGGCAGUUCAUAGGCGCUCAGAAUUUAUGCAAGAAAUCUAAUGAGACAUUAAAACAAAGUAAAGAAAGAAUUAAUUCCCAUCAUCAAGAAAUAACAAAAACUAAAGAGAAAAUAAAAGAACUUGAUAAACAAAUUAGAGAAUUAGAAAAAAAGAAAGAUGAGGAAGAGGGUGGUAAAUUAGCAGAAUUAGAAGAUAAAUUAAAAGAACAUCAAAUGACUGAGGCUAAAAUUAAUAGUGAUGUAAAACAUUUAAAAGAUUGUUUGAAAGAAGAAGAAAAGAAAAGAAAAGAAGUUUUAAACAAUCUUGAAGAAGAUACCAAUACUUUAAAAAAUAAAGAAAAGGAAAUGGAAAAAUUACUUACUAAAUUUCUGCAAUUACAAGAAACUAGUAAGAAAGAUGCUGAAGCAGUACAAGCCGCUCAAAAACAUUUUCAAGCAGUAAGUGCAGGAUUAUCUAGUAAUGCAGAAGGAGAAGAAGCAACUUUGGCAGAUCAGUUAAUGACUGCUAAAAAAGAUAUGGCAAAAGCUGAAACAGAAAGUAAACAAGCCGAGAUGAAACUCAAACAUGCUGAGACAGAAAUAACUAAAAAGCAGACAGAGUCCAAGAAAACAGAAGAAAAUUAUAAAAAACAUUUGGCAGUUUAUAAUACUUUGGAAAAAGAAUUAGAUAAAAUUAAAAAAGAAAUGGAAAAAUUAAAUUAUGAAGAAGGAAAAGAAGAAAUGCUACUCUCUGAAAGAAAAAGACUUAUCAAAGAUAUUGAUAAUCUCAGACAGAAAAUUGAUUUAAAAGAAGCAAGAUUUCCAAAUUUGACUUUUGAAUAUCAAGAUCCUGAAAAAAAUUUUGAUAGAAGAAAAGNCACAGACAUUUUAUUUGAUUUACAAAAGUUAUCUUGCAUAAGCUUAUAUAAUGUAGUUGUAGAUACAGAAAUAACAGGAAAGAAACUUUUGGAGAAAGGUAAUCUUAAAAGAAGAUACACCAUUAUACCACUUAAUAAAAUAAUGUAUAGACCAAUAGAAACUGAAGUCGUACGAAAAGCAGAGAAAAUUGUAGGUAAAGAAAAUGUUCAUACAGCACUCUCUCUCAUUGAAUAUAAUAAAUCAGUUGAGGUGGCUAUGGGUUAUGUUUUUGGUAACACUCUUGUUUGUCCUGAUAUGAAUAUUGCCAAAGAAGUUGCAUUUGCAGAUGGUGUUCGUAAAAGAACGGUAACUUUGGAUGGUGAAGUUUUUGAUCCUGCUGGAACACUUUCUGGAGGAUCAAUGCAGAAGUCAAAUAGUGUAUUGUUACAAUUGUCUGAAUUGAAAGAAAUACAAAAUGAAUUAAAUAAUAAACAAAAACAAUUGGAUGCUAUAAAUAACCAAUUGAUGUCAGUGAAAAAAGUAGCUGAAAGUUACCGAAAUUUCAAGCAGAAAUACGACUUAAAAGAGAGUGAAAUGUUGUUAGCAAAGUCACGAGUUGAACAAAGUAGUCAUCAUCAACAAUUAGAAGAACUUCAGAGUUUGAGAAAUUCAAUAAAGGAACAAGAAGAAAAAUUAUUGCAAUGUACUGAAAUGAAAAAAAAAUGUGAACAAAGAGUUGAAGAACUUCAAAAUAAAAUAAAAAAUGCAAAAUCAUUAAUGGAACAGGAGUUAAAAAAUGCUGAAGCAGCCCUUCAUAAAUGUAAACAAAAAUUAGAAUAUUCCAAUAAACUUGCAAAAGAAAAACAACAGGAAGUUGAUACUCUGAAACUUGAAUCAGAAGAAUUAAAUAAAAGUUUACAGUUAUAUCAAGAGCAGCUGAAAACAUUUGACAAAGCCAUGGCAUCUUAUGAGAAACAAGCAGUAGAAGCAGAAAAUAAAUUAAAAGUUGCAAAAGAAACUGUUGCCAAAUUUUCAACUAAAGUAAAAGAACAAAAGGCUCACCUUAAAGCCCAAAAUGAGGAAGUCGGUCGAUUACAAAAAAAUAAAGAACAAUUAGGAAAAGAUAUUGAGGAGAAAAAAUUAUAUAUACAACAACUGGAACAUGAUAUUGCACGAACAACAAAAGAAUCCAAAGAAGCUGCACAAAACGUAGAAAAUAUGAUUAAAUUGCAUGAUUGGAUUGAACAAGAAAAACAGUAUUUUGGCAUGCCAAAUACUGAAUAUGAUUUUAAUACAAAUGAUCCAAAAGAUGCAGGAAGACGAAUUCAAAAAUUGAAAGAAAAUAAAGAAAAAUUAGAAAAAAAUGUUAAUAUGAGAGCUCACAAUAUGAUGAAUAAAGCAGAAGAACAGUACCAAGAUUUACUCCAAAAGAAGCAAAUAGUUGAAAAUGAUAAAGCAAAAAUAGCUGCAGUAAUUAAGGAAUUAGAUGAAAAGAAAAAUGAAGCAUUAAAAGAAGCCUGUGAAAAAGUAAACAAAGAUUUUGGAUCAAUUUUUUCUAUGCUGCUUCCUGGUACCAAAGCUAAACUCAUUCCUCCUGAAGGAAUGUCAGUAUUGGAUGGUUUAGAAGUUAAAGUUGCAUUUGGAGAUGUUUGGAAAGAAUCUCUUUCAGAACUUAGUGGAGGACAGAGGUCAUUAGUUGCUCUAUCCUUGAUUUUAUCAAUGCUGUUAUUUAAGCCUGCUCCAAUUUAUAUUUUGGAUGAAGUGGAUGCUGCUCUUGAUUUAUCUCAUACGCAAAAUAUUGGACAAAUAAUCAGAACAUACUUUAAGCAUUCUCAGUUUAUCAUUGUUUCGUUAAAGGACGGCAUGUUCAAUAAUGCUAAUGUCCUCUUUAAAACCAAAUUCAUUGAUGGGACAUCAACGGUAACUCGUUACGCUCAGGGUAAAAAUAAUCCAUCUACUUCUAGGUCCAAGUAAAACUAUCUGUAAUUAUUCAAACAUUUUUAUGUAAGAAA